CCGCACUUAAACCACCUUCCUUCUCUACGCUCUCAUCUACAAUGGAUGGCAACUCCCUGCUGUCGGUACCAAGCAACUUGGAGUCCCCACUGAUGUACGAAGUUUCAGAUUCACAGCAGGGCAGUGGCAGCAGCAGCUCAGGAAGCAUCUUGGGUGGCUCCAUCACAGCAUGUAAGAAGGUUCUUCGCAGCAGUAGUCUGCUAGAAUCUACUGAUUACUGGUUGCAGAAUCAGAGGACACCCUGCCAGAUUGGUUUUGUGGAAGACAAGUCUGAAAACUGUGCUUCUGUCUGCUUUGUGAACCUGGAUGUGAACAGGGAUGAGUGCAGCACAGAGCAUAUGCAACAGAAAUUGGUCAACGUUUCACCAGAUCUUCCAAAACUCAUCAGCUCCAUGAAUGUCCAACAGCCAAAAGAAAAUGAAAUUGUCCUCCUAAGUGGGCUAACAUCUGGAAAUCUCCAAGCAGAUUUUGAAGUUUCACAGUGUCCUUGGCGGCCAGAUAUCUGCUUGGUCCAGUGUGCAAGAGGGAACAGACCAAACAGUACCAACUGUAUCAUCUUUGAAAUCAACAAAUUUUUGAUUGGUCUGGAACUGGUUCAGGAGCGGCAGCUCCACCUGGAAGCAAACAUCUUGAAACUGGAGGAUGACACAAACUGUUCCUUAUCCUCAAUUGAAGACGACUUUCUCACUGCAUCUGAGCACUUGGAGGAAGAAAAUGAGGUGGAAGAAUAUAGGAAAGGUUAUGAAAAUACAAAUGUCUCGGCCACUGUUUUGGAAAGUAAAAAGCCAAAGGAAACCAGCCAAGAAGGAUGGAAUUACAAUAAAGAAAAGUUGCUUUAUGCUUUGGAAGAAAAAUACAUUAGCAAAUUUCAAACACCAUUGAUUAAAACAGAAGGCUCUCUAGAAAAGGUGGCAGAAGAGACAGGCUUGCAGAGUCUGGAUCCCUCAGCCAAGCCAUCACAGUGGAAAGGUGAAGCUUUGGGGAAUGACAGAUCAGCCACAAAUUAUUAUUUAGAAAAUGUUAACAGCCAAGUCGAAAAAUCACAGGCACUCUAUACUCCAGGCAAUGCUUAUUUCACCAGGGUGGUGAAGAAAGACAUGUCUUCUGCAUGUGAUAGCAUCACUGAGCAUGGCAGCAACUUAGAUCCAGGAGAUCCUGAACAUGGAAGAAAAUCUCUUCCUCCCAUAGAAGAUGCAGAAGCUACAGCUGGCGACUAUGCCACGAAUUUAGCAGAAUCUGUGCUGCAAGAUGCAUUUAUUAGAUUAUCUCAGCCUACACUACCCCAAGAAUCCUCAGUCAGUGUCUCUGUAGGAAGUGCUCUGCUUCCUAGUGGAUGUUCCACAAAAGACACGGUGGUCCCUCAAUCAUGGAAUGAACUCCCCAAAAUUGUCAUUGUUCAGAGUCCAGAUGGCAGUGAUGCUGCCCCUGAGCCAGGCGUCUGUUCAUGGCCUGAGUCAGAAGCCUCCACUGAAACCCCAAGCAUCGUCCCUGGAGAGAACUCCAGAAGACACCCCCAGAGUGCUCUUGAAAUAGCAUUAGCUUGUGCGGCCACUGUGAUUGGUACCAUUUCCAGCCCCCAAGCCACAGAGAGACUCAAAAUAGAACAAGAAUCCCUGGUAUCAAACAGCCAGCUGGGAGGACAUGAAACACUACACACUCAAGCACCCCAAGUACUCAAAGAACCUUCUGUCAGUGAGUAUUCAUUUCCAUCUGCUUUGUGUGGCAUGACUCAGGUAGCAAGUGCUGUGGCUGUCUGUGGCCUGGGUGAAACAGAAGGAGCAGAGUGCCCUGUGGCUUCAGGGGGCUUCUGGUCUGCAGCUGAGUCUUCUGCAGCCAUCCCCCCACUUGGGAAUUUAGCGAUGGGGAGGAGCACAGAGAUGGGGAAUGAAGCCCUCGCAGAGGCCUUGCUCAAGGAGGCCACAUUGGUUUUAACAAAGCCGAACACCUAUAGCAGUUUGGGAGACCUCAUGGAGUCAGUGAAGGGGAGAAUCACGGAAACUGCUUCAAGGUCUCAGACCCUGUGCUCAGAAAAUAUCCUUAGGAAUGAACUGGUGCAGAACCUAUCCAAUGUUAUCCUGAAGCAUUCCAUAGAUGAAGUUCAUCAGAAAAACAAAAUGAUCAACCCCAAGGAUGGCAGGCACCCUCCUGACACUUUGGACAUCUUAAUGGAAAGUGCAAACCAACUGCUCUUCAAUGUGAUGUACUUCACAUUCAAGAAGAUUCAGCUUCAUGAAUAUCCUACUGGCCUUUCUAAUGAGCCCAUCAGAUGGAAGGACGUAGAAACAGGCCACCCACUACCUGAUCAAGCUGCUAGUCAAACAUGGCCAAAGGCCACCAAAUACUCCAGCACCCAUCCAAUUAGCAAUCCACGCAGCACUAGUCUCAUUGUUAAAGAUUUUUUAGAUGACGUGCAUCCGAAGCAAGAUAACAAGAGUGGAGUGAGGCCAGGUCUCUUCAAGAACCCCAUACUGCAAUCUGAAUUGUCAUGUAGCCACAGUGUGCACGCUUCCUCAACUGCCAAAGCAUCCUCUAAGGCAACACACCUGAAAGAGACUGUGGGAGAGAAUACAAAAAACUCCCAGCAGAUGCCCAGUCUCAGCGAGAAUGAAAGCAGAGCCUCUUCAGAGGGAGAAAGGGCCCUUACAUUCAGCAAAUGCAGAAGUGGUUCCCAGGAGGUAGAGGAUAGCAUCAAUCCAAAUACCCAAGAAAAACACAUUUGUGACACACCUCUAAGCAAUGAGGUUCAAGUUAACCUGUCUUUGUCAGGAAAUGACUUGCUGCUUCCUGCUCAAUGCAUGCUACAAGCCAAACACACAGACAUACACUGCAUUACAGACUUCGCCGAAGAAUUAGCAGAGACAGUUGUCUCCAUGGCAACCGAAAUCGCAGCGAUUUGCCUUGACAACUCAAAUGGAAAACAACCGUGGUUUUGUGCAUGGAAAAGAGGGAGUGAGUUUCUGGUUACUCCAAACUUAUCUUGCCGAACCUUGAAGAGAAAGAAAGAAAGCCAGGGCAGUGGGACCACUGUCAGGAAACACAAGCCCCCACGGCUCAGUGAGAUCAAGAGAAAAACGGACGAGCACCCUGAGCUGAAAGAGAAACUGAUGAACCGAGUUGUGGACGAAUCUAUGAACCUGGAGGACAUCCCAGAUUCUGUCAAUAGUUUUGCAAACGAAGUGGCAGCCAAGAUAAUGAACUUGACGGAAUUCUCCACGGUGGAUGGCAUCUGGCAAGCCCAGAGCUAUCCUCGGAACCGAUUACUCAGUGACAGGUGGAAUCGGCUGAAGACUUCCAGCUGUGAAAGCAUUCCAGAAGAGGACUCAGAAGCCAGGGUGUAUGUAAAUAGCCUGGGUUUAAUGAGCACUUUAAGCCCGUCAGUUAGUAGGGCCAGCUCUGUCUCCAAACAGUCGAGCUGUGAGAGCAUCACCGAUGAGUUUUCCAGGUUCAUGGUGAACCAGAUGGAAAAUGAAGGGAGAGGAUUUGAGUUGCUGCUGGAUUAUUACGCAGGCAAGAAUGCCAGCAGCAUUUUGACCUCAGCCAUGCAACAGGCUUGCCAGAAAAAUGACCACCUCAGUGUGAGGCCAAGCUGUCCCUCUAAGCAGUCCAGCACAGAGAGUAUAACCGAGGAGUUCUACAGGUACAUGCUGAGGGACAUGGAAAGAGAAAGCAAAGACAGCCCCUCAUGCAGAAGCCACAGCCAGGAUUGGACUGCUGGCUUACUGUCUCCUUCUUUGCGAUCCCCGUUCUGCUACAGACAGUCGUCCAUGCCAGACAGCAGGUCCCUGUGUGCCAGGUUAACCGUGAAUGCACCUGUCAAAGCCAACUCCUUAGAUGGCUUUGCUCAGAGCAGCCGGCAAGAUUUCCUAAGCGUCCAGCCGGUCAAUAGUGCUUCUUCUUCAGGGCUCUGCAAAUCUGACUCCUGCCUGUAUUGGAGGGGUGGGACUGACCAGAUCACAAACAUGUUAAUCCACGAAACCUGGGCAAACUCAAUCGAGGCCCUCAUGCGCCAGAACAAAAUUAUAAUGGAUGAUGCUGAGCCAGCUGAUGCUGAGCCCACCUUGCAAGUGGAGAGGUGUGCAAACAGAUUACCUGCGAGCAGAAGGGAAAGUGGACCAACUCUGUCUGUUCACGAGUCUCUUGAUUACUCGAGGAGAGGCUCUCUUACUGAAAGCAAAUAUUCCCCAGCCUCGUCUCCAAGCAAAGCUGCUCCUCACACAAACCACAACAGUUUAGAUUCUGAAAAGGGGCUUCCCACCUGCAGUGAGGCUACCUCAAGAAGCCACACGGGCCAGUUGCUUUGCUCAAGGGAAGUGCCUUUAAUUCAGAUUGAGAUAGAUCAAAGAGAAGAGUGUGUUGGAGAACCCGAGUGCUUCCUUUCCCAAAGUAGAGCCCUUGAGGGAGCAGAAGAACAUUCUAAUGAAGAAAAAGCCCCAGAUGUGGCAAGGAGUGGAGACAGAGCAGUGACCUGCGAAAACCACAGUGGUCGCCUUGAUGCCGGAGGUGUACCGGAGCCUGAAGUGUCCACUGAAGCCAGAGGCCCCGAGGAGUUCCCCAGCUCUCCCAGCAGCUGUGAGGAGAGCACAGGCAGCUGGUCCCAGCUCGCCAACGAGGAGGACAACGCAGACGACACAAGUAGCUUUCUGCAGCUCAGCGAGCGAUCCAUGAGCAAUGGCAACACUAGUGCCACUAGCAGUCUUGGCAUUAUGGACCUGGACAUUUAUCAGGAAAGCAUGCCAUCUUCUCCCAUGAUUCAUGAAUUAGUAGAAGAAAAGGAGAUUCUUAAAGGACAGUCAGAAAACGUAGAGGAACACACCUCGGGGCAGCCUGUGGGACCGGCCGGUGGCCGGAGGAGCCUGCUGGUUGUCAACUUUGACCUGGAGCCAGAGUGCCCUGAUGCUGAGCUCCGAGCCACUCUGCAAUGGAUAGCUGCCUCCGAGCUUGGGAUUCCCACCAUCUACUUUAAGAAAUCUCAGGAAAACAGGAUUGAAAAGUUUCUAGAUGUUGUGCGGCUGGUUCAUCAGAAGUCCUGGAAAGUGGGGGAUAUCUUCCAUGCUGUUGUCCAGUAUUGCAAAAUGCAUGAGGAGAGGAAGGAUGGGACUCCAAGCCUCUUUGACUGGCUCUUGGAACUGGGAUAAUGUAGCUUUCCCUCUAUAGUAACCCUUUCCUUUAUUCCAGCUUACAUCACAGUGGUUUGCAAAAUGCUCUCAACUUUCUCAAAACAUUGCAUCACAUUAGCAGAGCUAUAAGAAAUCUGCUGCUCGAGCCUACUGCACAUGGAAUAAAUCUGAGGAAAAGCAAACUAUAGGUUUAUGCAAAUCAAUACAACCUGUGGGUGAAUCCAAAAGAAUUUAUAUUAGAGUGAUUGGAAAAAGAGAAACUUCAAUGGGCCCCAAAUUAGAAAGCUUAUGACUAGGUCCCAAUUCCAGGAAAGCUGCACUCAUGUAUCUUUAAUAAUACAAAAUGACUUCUAGUAUCUCCAAUUAUGUGAAUCAACCAGACACAAAUUCACUGGUCAAAAUAAUUUCAUUCACAAUUCUGCAACUUUUAUUUUACUUUUCUGAGCAUUCAGCCCAGGUAAACACUAAAGAUGUGGGUAAGAAAUUUCCAAGAAUUUGAUAUAGAAGAUUUCCACUUUCAACUGUUAUCAGUGGAUAUUAACAGAAAUACAAGAGUCUGUCAAUGUCUCCUACUGAGAUCAUUUCAUUUAUUCACUGCAACCCACUGAUAAAUAUUCCACCUCUCCCCAACAAUAUUUGAGCUCCUAGCUAACCAGAACAUCCUUGACAUUUAGCUAAGGGAGAGCAAGAUUGAAGAUUGUCUUGUUUCCAUCACUGUAUUACUUUGGUAAUGUGAUUACAGAAUUCUUACCCUAAGGGAAAAUUUUCUUACUAAAAAAAAGUCUUUUGAGAUGAAAUCUGCUUGUCUAUUAAAUUAUAUGAAAUGCAAACUUUCAUUUUAUUUUUAUUGUACAUUAUGAAGAGACUGCUAUCUUAAUACAUUGAGUUGGUUUAGAGGUUCAUAAAACAUAAAGAGAUCCUUAUCUUAAAUUAUAUAGUUACAUUUGGACUCUGAUCAUUUGAUUAUGAAUAUCUUGGCAUCCAUAUGCCAAAUGUGCUUCUACAGUGAUAUUUAUGAUGACUGAUGCAAGGUAAAUACCUUAUAGUUGACGUGACCAGUUAAGAUCAUAGACUAAACUGUCUCUUUUCCUGACUCAAAGAUGGACACUUUAUUUGGGGAAAGAAAACCCUAUCACAUUUUAAGUAUUUUAACAAUAGAUAUUUAAUGUUAUUAAAAAUAAAGGUAUCUGUCUUCUCCCUAAUAAGUCUUUUAUUCUUUGAACUAAAUGAGCUAUACUCACAUUUAUUUUCAUGCUCAAAGUAGCUGUUUAUUAAAGAUUUCCUGAAGUCUUUCCACUAUUUUUAAAGAUUGUGAAGUAAUUUUAAAUGUAAACAAGUUCCCACGCCAUCAGUGUUGGCCUUACUUGCUCUAGUCAUCCACAUUUUCAGAUGUCAAGAAGGGUUUCCUGUGAGCCAUUCUUUUCCCUCUGGGACGCUUUCCCAGUGCUCAUUAGGCAUUUAUUACACAAAUAGUCCAAAUUUAGCUAAUAUGUUUCAUUUGACACGUUAACCAAAUGGCAAAUUUUAAAAUAUACCCGUCACCUGAAACUGAAGGUUCUUUGUGCUACUAAAUGGAAAAGGAUAUAUUUAUUUUUUAAACAAUCACAAAUAAUUGUGUGUUGACUUUUGUUGUGCUUGAAUAAAUGUUUGCUUAUCCUACAAAGCACAAAUUAUAAUACUGGAUUGUAACUAUGUGAUGAAGUUAUGUAUGUUGUAACU